CGCACUCUCUCUCUCUCUCUCUCUCUCUCUCUCUCUCUCUCUCUCUCUCUCUCUCUCUCUCUCUCUUUCUCUCUCUCUCUCUCACACACACACACACACACGCACACGCACACACACACAACACCCCAUACCACACACAUACACAACACACACACACUCAUUCACGCUGUCCGUCCCUCCCUCUCUCCCUCGGUAUUCUCAGUGCGGCCGGCGCUCGGCUCCAGAGUCUGGCUGGAGCCUCCUCCUCCCAUCUGGGGAUCCCAUGUGCCAGGCUGUGCCUGUGCUCCCAGCCCUCUUGCCAGGUUCCGUUUCCCAGGGCACAAAGAUCCCUGGCCCCGAGUUGCCGAGAGCCAGGCCGGGGCUGGAGAGGGGAUCCCCAAGCGCCUCCGCGGCCGUGGAUAAUCCAAAGGGAGAGUAGAACUCGUGCGUUGCAGGACUGGGGGAGUCCCAAGGUCUCUCACCCGAGGUUUCUGGAGUGGGCCUCCCUGACAACAGCCCGCCCCUGUCCCCAGCCCGGGUCCGAGGAAGCCUUCGCCACGAGCCUGUCGGGUCCAGCCCCCCAGCCCUGCCUCGGAGCCUGGCGAUGGCCCGGCGUAGCCCGGGCAAGAGCGGCGUCUCUGAGUGAUCCCGAGGCCAGGCCCGGAGUAGGGGGCCUCCGAUGCGAGCGUCCGCGGCAGCGCCCCCGACCACGGGGCCCGUGCUCCAAUCCGUCCUGCCCGGGCCGCCCCGUCCGAGGCCGCACUGAGCCAAUCGGACGUGCCAUGAGGAGCUCGGGUGGCCCAGCACUGGCCUGACCUUGGCCCCGGGGGGCCUGAGACCAACAUGUGACCGCGGCUCAGGUGCGUCCUGGGGCGCAGCCUCGCUGUCCAUGUGCCUGGGCCCCGGUCCCACCACGGAGAAAUAUGAGGAGGUCGGACCCCGACGCCAGGGGGUGGCCUGUGGGGGCCAGCUUGUCUCUGCCGCCACUGUUGCUGCCGCCACUGCUUUUGCUUCUGGGAAGCUUGUGGGCCUCUGGGACCCCAGCAUUGUCGGGGCCCGAGGAAGACGACGGAACCUUCACAAGUGGUCGCGUCAAGCGAGGCUGGGUCUGGAACCAGUUCUUCGUGGUGGAGGAGUACACGGGUACCGAACCCCUGUAUGUGGGCAAGAUCCAUUCUGACUCCGAUGAGGGGGGAUGCUCCAUCAAAUACACCAUCUCCGGGGAGGGGGCCGGGACCAUCUUCCUGAUUGACGAGUUGACUGGUGACAUCCAUGCCAUGGAGCGGCUUGACCGGGAGCAGAAGACCUUCUACACCCUCCGAGCCCAGGCGCGGGAUCGGGCCACAGACCAGCUCCUGGAACCCGAGUCAGAGUUUAUCAUCAAAGUCCAGGACAUCAACGACAGCGAGCCUCGCUUCCUCCAGGGCCCCUACAUCGGCAGUGUGGCUGAGCUCUCGCCCGUAGGCACUUCAGUAAUGCAGGUGAUGGCAUCAGAUGCAGAUGACCCCACGUACGGGAGCAGCGCACGACUGGUGUACAGUGUCCUUGAUGGUGAGCAGCACUUCACUGUGGACAACAAGACAGGUGUGAUCCGCACAGCAGUGGCUGACUUGGACCGGGAGAAACAGGAGCGUUAUGAGGUUGUGAUCCGAGCUACAGACAUGGCUGGUCAGCUGGGAGGCUUGUCGGGCUCCACUACGGUUACCAUCGUCAUUACUGAUGUCAAUGACAACCCACCCCGCUUCCCACAGAAGAUGUACCAGUUCAGCAUCGUGGAGACAGCACCUAUUGGCACUGCCAUUGGUCGAGUGAAAGCUGAGGACUCCGAUGUGGGAGAAAACACUGACAUGACAUACCAGCUCAAGGACGAGGGCGGCGGGGACAUGUUCAAGGUUACAACAGACAGCAACACCCAGGAGGCCAUCAUCACCGUGCAGAAGCACCUGGACUUUGAGGCUCAGGCCACACACACAGUGGUGCUUGAAGCCUUGAACAAGUUUGUGGACCCACGAUUUGUAGACCUGGGGACUUUCAGGGACCAAGCGAUCGUCCGGGUGACGGUGAUGGAUGUGGACGAGCCUCCUGAAUUCCGGCCACCCUCCGGACUCAUGGAAGUACAGGAAGAUGCCCAAAUCGGCUCCAUAGUUGGUGUGGUAACAGCGCUGGACCCUGAUGCUGCCAAUAGGCCUGUCCGGUACGCCAUCGACCGGGACUCAGACUUGGAGCAGAUCUUCAACAUUGAUGCUGACACUGGUGCCAUUGUGACAGGCAAGGGACUUGACCGGGAGACAGCAGGCUGGCACAACAUCACUGUGCUGGCCAUGGAGGCUGACAAUCACUCACAGGUAUCCAGAGCAUCCCUUCAGAUUCGGAUCUUGGAUGUGAAUGACAACCCCCCAGAGCUGGCCACCCCCUAUGAGGCUGCUGUAUGUGAGGAUGCAAAGCCUGGCCAGCUCAUCCAGACCAUCAGUGUGGUAGAUCGAGAUGAACCACAGGGAGGUCAUCGAUUCUACUUUCGUCUGGUGCCUGAGGCUGUUGGUAACCCUCAUUUCUCUUUGCUUGAUAUUAAAGAUAACACAGCAGCCGUGCACACACAACACGUGGGCUUCAACCGUCAGGAGCAGGAUGUCUUCUUCCUCCCCAUACUGGUGGUGGACAGUGGACCGCCUACACUCAGCAGUACAGGAACCCUCACCAUCCGUGUGUGUGGCUGUGAUAGUGCUGGUGCCAUCCAGUCCUGUAACACCACAGCCUAUGUGAUGGCUGCCUCCCUGAGCCCGGGGGCCCUCAUUGCUCUGCUGGUCUGCAUCCUUAUCCUGGUUGUGCUGGUCCUGCUCAUCCUCACGCUGAAGCGCCACCAUAAAAGCCACCUGAGCUCCGAGGAAGACGAAGACAUGCGGGACAACGUCAUCAAGUACAACGACGAGGGCGGUGGAGAGCAGGACACCGAGGCCUAUGACAUGUCGGCGCUGAGAAGCCUGUACGACUUUAGCGAGAUCAAAGGCGGGGAUGGCGGUGGGGGAGGAGGUGGGGGAGUGGGCAGCAGCAGCGGGGGCGGCCUCCAAGCGGGUCUGCCGUCGGAGCGCCCCUCCCUCCCGCUUCCGCAGGGGGCCCCGAGCCCCGAGCUAGACUUCUCCCUCUUCAGAGACUUCAUCAGCAGGAAAGUGGCGCUGGCCGACGCGGAUCUGUCCGUGCCGCCCUACGAUGCUUUCCAGACGUACGCGUUCGAGGGCGCGGACUCGCCGGCAGCCUCGCUCAGCUCGGUGCACACCCGUUCGAGCUCCGAGCAAGACUUCUCCUAUCUCAGUAGCUGGGGGCCACGUUUCCGCCCGCUGGCCGCGCUCUAUGCUGGGCACCGGGCAGACGAGGAGGGUGACGCAUCCUAGCCCGCCCUUCCCCUCGGGGCUCCGUGACUCUGGAUUUGAAGCAGCUCCGAAAGACCAAAGCAUCCCCCCACCCUGCCCGCUCACCUCAGUUCCCCCAGUCUGGCCAAACCGCAGUCGGAGAGCCUGGAGUUUGAAGUGGGCGGGAGGGAGGGGGAGGAUCGGGACUAGAAAGAGACGGGUGCAGACCCGGGGCCCUUCCCCAGUCCUCUCCCUCUCCAUCCUCAAUUUCGUGCCCAUAGUUCGCGGGGAACUCAGAGCUCAUGUCCCUUGGUCUCGUUCAAUCCGAUCUGUAUUAAAAGUCCCGCACUGAGA